UACUAUUAGUAUUAGUAGACUGUAUCUGAGUUAGCUCUACCUCUAGAGAACACAAGCUGACACAUAUUUCUGAUACAGCUGAAUUAAAGUAAUUGAAAACAUGUCUCAUGAAACUAAAAGUAAAGUCAGUAAAGUGGAGCAGCCAACAAUAGAGUUUAUAGAAAGGUGGAAAACGGCUGACGGGGUGAAAGAUUACAGCACACAGAGCUACAGACGUACCAUUGCAGAUUUAGUAGAUAAUUAUCUCACAGAUUUAGAUGAAGUGGCAGAAACACUUUUAGCCAGUGAUGAAGCUAGUGGCAGUUUGAGGUUUCUCACAAUGUGCUGUGAGUUUUUGUCCGAAAAUGUAAAUAUAUUCAUACAGACCAGCCCAGAAUCUACUCACAAGUCAAAUCAACCUUUAGAGGAGGAAAUUCAGUCUUAUGCUUUUUGCUUUUGGUUCUUUCGCUGUUUGCUACGUCUGCUCAGCCGGCCUGAUUGCAGAAAGGCUCAUUCGGUCCUGAUCAAGCUUAUUAUUCUGAUUCUCCAUCACACUCGACUGAGAAGCAAGCACUUAUUCAAGCAGCAUCUGUUAGAAUUCAUAAGGAUGCCAGCAGUAUUGAUUGAUGUCAGUGAUCAGUUAAACUCUGGAGUAAAUCAAGUUCCUGUUUCAUGUUUUGAAUAUGAUCUUUUGCUGGCUAGAAAAAGCUUGAAGGACACUGAUUGUGAAUUUCAGGAUGAAAAUUUGUGUGAGAAAGUAGGCCAAAUAGAUCUGCUGCUGUGUCAAGCUGACCACUGUGAAAUGCUUCAAACUAAUCUUGUAUUAAUUCAUCAGCAACUGCUGCAUGACUUGUGUUUACUGGAAAUGCCUUACUGUGAUCUGUUGUGGAAGUGUUUAUGUUGGAACUUGCAUAAUGGAGAUGUUGAGCUGAAGAUUGUGUCACUAAAUCUUGUGUCUGCUUUGAUAGGUCACAGGAGUUUCCCCCCUUUGUUGCACACUGAUUACUUGGUGGCAUGCCUAGUUCACAUGUGGGAGUUACUGGCUCUAAAAGAUGUGCCACUUAACCAAAGCAUGAAACAAGAACUUGAAACAUCUAGUAUUCAUCUGACAUUGACAUUAAUAGCUCAAGAAAGGGCUUGCGAUUAUCCAAUACUGCCACCAACACUCUACCGCCAACUGUGUAAUAUAACCCCUGUCAAAAGCUUACCUAAUUUAAUCCUGCUGGAAUCCAAGAAGACCCUUAUUAGCCUGUAUAUCUACGCCCUUAGGGAUCUGUCCAGUUCUGACUUGACUUCACUGCUGGUAAAACCAGUGCUGGAACAAUUGGUAAUGGACACAGUGAACUUGGUUGGAUGUGAUGGCAGUGUUGAUUAUGUUGUACCACUGCUGGUGCACAUCACUAUUGUAGACUGUCAGGCCACUUUUAGUUUUCUUUCUGCUGUUGACACAGUUUCAGAAUACAACCCCAAGAAAAGAAGAUAUUCUCAUCAAAUUCUCUCAAAAUCACCAUCAUUAAGACCUUUAAGUUUUCUACUGAGUAGACAGAAGGAUGUUUCUACUUGUCAAGAGUCACCGUCAUGUGAAGAGCUGGAGUGUCUCCAUGUCAUUAUUGAAGUGGCGGCCACAAGUUUAGCUCAUUACAAAAGAAAGAAGAUCAAGGACAGAUUUCUUAGUCAGUAUAUAUUCCCUGAAAAUGUUCUCACUAUUUCUCUGGACACUUGGUCUCGUUUUUUGCAUUCUGUUGGCAUGCUACAAAGUGAUCUGACGUCAUUCUCCAAGACUUACAUAAGAAUACUGGAAUCCAUAGGAUCUAUACUUCUGAUUCAUGAUACCAUCCAGAUCUCUGUUCAGCAGCUUCAUCAUCUUGCUUGGAUUGUCUCCCUUCCAUGGAUGGCUAAUGAAGUUUCCUGGAAAGACUUGAAACCAAACAAUCCGAAAGAUGUGGCCAAAAUUGCAGGAACUUUGGUGGAUGCAUUAGAUCUUGAAUGUGUAUGUCAGUGUUUGAAAACAUUGUCUCUGCUGCCUAAAGAUAUUUGUGUAGCUUGGAGAGCCCAUGUCCUGACUCAAGCAAUGACAGAUCAAAGGGAAGAAGUUACAAGAAGUGUUAUCCACUUUUUUCCUCAUAUCUUGCAUAACAUGGGACAAAAGAGUAACCAUUUAGUUAGAGAUCUGCUCAUCCCAAUACUAGAGCAGCCCAAGCCAAAACUUCAUCUGGAAAUUUCACAAAUAUUUGGUUCUUUAAUUUUAACAAUGUUGGAGGCUUCAAAAUUAAUUCAUGCUAGGCAGGACUCACUUAACUAUUCACUACAGUUGGACGACCUUAAGAUUACAGCUAAUGAUGAAUUGACUAGGAGUCAGCUGAGAGACAAAGGGCAAUAUCUGGACCCCAGUCUUAUAACACCUUUCAUGGUGCUUUUGAAAUCUCCCGUGCCAGACACCAGAAGAUAUGCUGUCCGCAACAUUAGUCAUGUUCUAGAUGUUCUUGACUUACAAAGCUCCAAUGCCUUGGCUAUUAUAAACUCCUGCCUAGACCUGCUUACUGAUGAAAUAGAGGCAGUUAGAAAAGAAUGCUGUGGUUUGAUUCAUCACAUGGUCAUCCCAGAGGACAGACAGCAUCCAGGUUCUGCCUCCAAACUGAUCUGGAAAAAACUUGAGUCCGCCAUUGUUGCUGCUCAUGGCCAGAACAACAGAGCCCUGGUAGAGACUGUACUUAAAACUAUUGGACAGUUUGGAAAACUUGAAGAAGGUCCUUUUCUUGAGGCUGUGAUUAUUUGUCUACUGGAGAAUAGACUGAAUCCUCAUUUACCUACAGGAGCUCUAGCUUUUGAACAGCUCCACCAGAUAACAAGCUUUAAAAAAGAAACUAUUCAACACAUUUACACCCGUUUCAAACCUGCCAUUUAUAAGUUUGCUGCUGAAGCUUUGUACGCUGAUGAACUCCAAACCAAUGGAGCCAACAGCAAAAUGAUACUAAUCACUCUGGCCAGCACUUUGGAAGCAGAUGACUUGCGGUCUUUCUUACAGAAUGGAGAAAAAUACAUGCUGCCUCUUUUGUUGGGUCGUGCUUCUCCUCAUGUCAGCAAGAUUGUCAAACUGAUUGCUAGUCUGUUGUCCAAUGGAAAUAAGAGACGCUCCUUGUUGAUAGACAACAUGAAAUACAUAUUCUCCUACUUGGUACGUAGUUGUCAGAAAGAAGAAAUGGAGACUGCUCUUAUCUACCUACAGAAAGAAACUAAUUUUAGUCUUGGCAGUUUGCUUCGUCUUGACUUCCAGCGAGUGCACAAUGAGUUAUUAUUACAUUUGUCAACACACUAUCAACAGGUUUUCAAUGGACUCAGGACUUUAGCAGCACAUGACGAGCAAUAUAAAGGCCCAAAGAACAUUGAGACUUCAGAACAAAUGGCCCAGUAUUUAGAACCAAGGCUUCUUGGAGUUUUGGCAUUUUUUGACUCACAGCUAAUGAACUCUAAUACUCUAAAAGAGGACAAAAUUUUGGCUCUAAAGAGUGUUAUAUCUAUCAUUGGGUUAAUGGGAUCCAAACACAUUAGUUCUAUCAGGCACAAAGUGAUGAAUACACUCAAACUAGGUUUGCAGUUUACAGAGAAACCUUUUGUGGAAAUUUCCUGUAAAGCUUGGAACUGUUUUGUCAGAAGCCUUGACCUUCCCCUGCUGGGUGUCAUGAUGUCCCAGAUAAUAGCUAUCCUGUUACCCUUGUUACAAGCCUUACCCGAACAAGUGUCAGAAAUCUUUAAUUACAUAAUUGUAGAGAACAAAGCUGCUCUUGCUGAGCAUUUUCAUGAAAUCUACUUCCUGCCAGACAUUCCAGAACUGACAGACUCUAAUACGGUUUUGAGAGAAUUGGGUGAAAGUUCUGCAUGUAAGAAAGAUCUGAAGAGCAUUCUUGCUCACUCCAUUAAAGGAAUUCACCAUGAGAGUUUUGAUGUCAGAGUUCAUGCAUUGACCAAACUCAGGAAACUUUUGAAAGACAAACAGUUGCAACUUAGCAGUUAUAUACUAAACAGUGAAUCAGCUGAUAAAAUUGUUUCAGAUCUUGUUUCAGCUCUUUUAUUAGGAUGUCGUGAGGCUGAUCCCAACACCCAAUGUUUGUAUGGCCAAUGUUUAGGUGAAUUAGGAGCUAUUGAUCCAGGAAGGCUGGAACUCAUCACAAAAAGUAAAGAAGACAAACUCAAUGGUUUCUAUGCCAACAUUGAUGACGACAAUUUUGCAUUUGAUUUGAUCAAUGUUGUUGUUAAAGCCUUCCUGGCAGCUCCAGAAGCAAGAAUUCAAGAUUGUGCCGCCUUUGCCCUUCAGGAGCUUCUCCAAAUUUACAAGAUCAGUUCCCAAGGAGAAACACAGUCGCCAAAUUUGAACAGUAAACUUUGGAAGAGGUUUCCAGAAGACAUUCAAGAAAUAUUGAUACCACUUCUUACUUCCAAAUAUAAACUUACAGUGGACAAAAAAUGUGCCAGUUUCCCAAGACCACUCUAUGAAAGUGAGAAGGGGAAAAACUUUAAAGACUGGGUCUCCAAUUGGACAAGCUAUCUUAUUACUCAGGUGAAGCCAGGUCGAGCCAGUCAGGUGUUUAUGGCCUGCAGUGCAGCCAAGCGUCAUUCUAAACAGGUGGCAUUGUACAUCCUGCCCCAUGUUGUUUUACAUGUGCUAAUGGAGGGGAAUCCUGAGAGCAUGGAUGAGAUUCUAAAAGAAAUUGACACUGUGCUACACCAUGUCCAAGGCUCAGCAGGAGGUCAAGAGAGUGCUACAAAUUUUCAUCACCUCAGUGCACAAACAGUGUUUUCAGUCUUGGACUACUUGACCAUGUGGUGCAACCAUAUCACUGCCUCUGGUCACUCAGGUAAAGAAGCUGGCUAUGAUGCUGUCUCUACUUUCCUUAAGAGAAUACUGCAGUAUACGCUGGCUCUCGCCUGUAUCAACUGUAAAGCUUAUGCAAGAAGUCUUCGGCACUUUGAAAGUUUUUUGACUCCUAACAUUGACAUACAGCUGCAUCUGGAUUUUAUGCAAAGACUGUUUGUGCUGAUGGAUGAGCCAGAUGGAGUUCUUGGUGUAGCUGCUAAAAGAAGUUCACAGCCGACUCUGAUGCAGGAAAUUCUUAGAUUUGAAACAUUAGGCCAGCAAUUUGAUUCUCAAGCCUGUUAUGAAAGAGCCAUAGAGUUGGAGCCCAAUGAAAUCUCUCACCAUCAUGGCCUCUUAAAGAGUUUGAUGGACUUUGCACAGCCCUAUAAAGUGUUGAUACAUUCUUCUGGUGUUCUGGCUAGCAGACCAAGAUGGACUUCAGAGUUAAACUCCUACUGUAUUGAAGCUGCUUGGAAACUUGGGAGUUGGGACAAGCUGGAGGAAGCAUUGAAAGUUGAGAGUGGUUUAAAUACAAACUGGCCAGUAAUGAUUGGUAGAAUAUUGAUGGCAUCCAGGCAAAAGCAUGAGUCCGAGUUUGUAGAACUGUUAGAUGUGGCCAGGAAAGAGCAGAUGGGGCUUUUGUCAGCUGCCAGUAUGGAAGUUGGUUCUUACUUGAGAGGUUAUGAAAACAUUGUCAGAUUGCACAUGCUCAAUGAAAUUGAGGAAUUUCUCCAUGUCAUGGAGGAUUUCCCUGCAGAAAGUGAUGCCAAGGAUGUUAUCAUUAUUCCAUCUUCUGCACAGCUUUUGUCACAGUGGCAGAACAGGCUUCAAAUGGCACAGUCAACAUUCCGAACCCAAGAACCAAUUUUGACUCUCAGGAGAACAUUGACAUCAUUAACUCAAAAGGAAAACCACCCUGGCUUAGAUAUUCAAAUUGGCAAGUGGUGGCUGCAAAGUGCAAAAGUGGCCAGAAAAGCAGGAUAUCUCCAGACAGCUCAGAGUUUUUUACUUCAAGCAAGAUCCUACAAUUUACCAGAGUUCUACCUGGAGGAAGCAAAGUGGUUACAUGAAAAGGGAGAGUCGGUGGCAGCCAUCGCAUGUCUGGAUAAAGGUAUCCAAAGGCAUUUUGGUGAUAUCAACGAGGCUCAUAAAGGAAAACAGCUCAGCCUAUCACUCAGACAAGUUUAUGCUCAGUCUUUGCUGUUACUGGGAUCUUACAGCGAGGAAACCUCCAACCUGGAAACCAAUCAUAUUGUCAAGCACUACAAGGAUGUCAUUGAGAUUUGUCCAGACUGGGAGAAAGGUCACUUCCGACUAGCCAAAUACUAUGAUCGGGUCAUGAACACUAUGAUAGAUGACAAAGACAAGGCUGGCAAUCAAGGAGAUUUUAUAAUCCAUGUGGUGAAGAACUUUGGCAUGUCAUUGAAAUAUGGGAAUCAACACAUUUACCAGUCCCUUCCCAGACUACUCAGUUUGUGGUUGGAUUAUGGGACAGCGGUUGUUGAGAAUGAAACAAAGGACAAGCUUGGAAAGAUGGCUGCAAAAAUUCAAAUUCAAAAAACAGUCUUGAAAAGAAUAAAUGAAAUAAUCCUUCAGUUAAAUCAACAACUUUGUCCCUACCAGAUGUUCACUGCCUUCUCUCAGCUGAUUUCUCGUAUCUGUCACACUCAGCCGGAUGUCUUUCAAACACUUGAGGAAAUCAUUUCACACUUACUGGUGGUGUAUCCACAUCAAGCCAUGUGGUUAAUGAUGUCUGUCUCAAAGUCAUCAUAUCCUAUUAGAGUGAAGAGAUGUCAAGAUAUUUUUGCUACUGCCAUACAAAAAGAUGGAAGUUUGUCCAAGCUGAUUCAAGAUUGUAGAAAACUAACAGACCGUAUGCUAGAACUCUGUGAAAAAGAUUUUGGAAAUUGUGCAACAGUAAAUUUAAAUCAGUUAUGCAAACCUCUGAAAAGACUUUUUGACAACAGCAGCUUCAGUCAAAUUUUGUUGCCCUUGCAGUCAUCUGUCACAGUUAAUUUGCCUGCAGCCAUCAACAGAGAUGCUCAUCAUAAUCCAUUUCCAGAAAACUUAAUCUACAUCCGUGGCUUUGAAGAUACAAUAGAAAUCCUGCCAUCUCUUCAGAAGCCCAAAAAAAUUACCUUACGAGGAAGUGAUGGAAACAAUUAUGUUAUGAUGUGCAAGCCAAAGGAUGAUCUCCGAAAAGAUUGUCGUUUGAUGGAAUUUAAUAUGGUUAUUAACAGAUUUUUACGAAGGAAUGCUGAAUCUCGAAGAAGACGCCUGAUGAUACGAACAUAUGCUGUGACUCCACUGAAUGAAGAGUGUGGUUUGAUUGAGUGGGUGAACAACACCACUGGCCUGCGUAAUAUAUUGGUCAAGCUUUACAAGGAAAAAGGAACGUUCAUGGCGGGCAAAGAAUUAAGAGCUGUCAUGCCUGCACGCAACUCUAGCCUGGAGGUCAAGAUGAAAAUUUAUAAAGAGACUCUACUACCUCGACAUCCUCAAGUAUUUCCUGAAUGGUUUGUUAGGACAUUUCCAGAUCCAAUAUUUUGGUAUAAUGCCAGACAAUCAUAUGCCAGAACAGCAGCAGUCAUGAGCAUUGUGGGAUACAUUUUAGGACUUGGAGAUCGUCAUGGUGAAAACAUUCUACUGGACUCCAAAACUGGAGACUGUGUUCACGUUGACUUUAACUGUCUCUUCAACAAGGGUGAAACAUUUGAUUGGCCAGAGAUAGUCCCUUUUAGACUGACACCAAAUAUGAAUGCAGCUUUGGGUCCGUUGGGCUAUGAAGGCCUGUUCCGUGUUGCCUGUGAGAUUACAUUGAAAGUGAUACGAGAUCAGAUGGAGCCACUCAUGUGUGUUUUAAAACCAUUUAUCUAUGAUCCUCUUGUUGAGUGGAGCAAAUCAAUAAAAGGUCAGAGGUCAAGUGCAUCUGACUCUGGAGAAAUAAACAAUGAACUGGCACUGAAUCAUGUCCAGAAUAUUGAAGACAGAAUGAGAGGGUUUCUGAAGACAAAUGCCAGGAAGAGAUGUCUUCCCUUGUCCAUUGAGGGUCAUGUGGAUACACUGAUAAGAGAAGCUACUGAUGAAAAGAAUUUAUGCCAAAUGUACAUUGGAUGGGCUGCAUUCUUAUAGUCAACGCUUAUGGUUGGAGCUAUUUUAAAUUUAAAAUCAAAAUUUCUAUAGACCUUGUAGACCUUGCAUUUUACCUUCAACAACUUUUAAGAUUUACAUUCUUUUGUUUAAGGUCUAGGCAAGAACCUAUGUCAGCUUUAACUGGUUUUUAGAUUAUUUUCUUAUGAAGCUUUUUUUUUUUUGUUACUAUAUUCCUUUGAGGUCUAGGCAAGAACCUACAUCAGCAUCUCAAUCAGAAAAUUAAUUCAGUGAUUUUAAUGUGUUCUGAACCAACCUUCCUGUGGUUCUUAGAAUUACACUACUUUCUAUUUAUGUUAAGUUUCAUUUUAAAAUAUUUUUUUAAAGCUGUAGCUGUAAAAAAAAAAUUUUUAUGUCAUGAAAAUAAAUGAAUAGGCUAGUUAAAUUCAUUUUAAUUCAUGUAGAUUAGUCAUGUCUGAAAUAGGUCAUCCCAGUAUAAGAAAUAUAUCAAAACAUGAAGACAUUAAUUUUCCAUGCUAAAUAGUCCCCACUCUAUGGAAUGUCCAAAACACAGCUGACAAAAGAGCUAUUGCUUCAAAUUAUAAAACUGUCAUAAAACACAAAGCUGCCUUCAUGACACAAAAUACAAUUUAUUUUACAUGUUCAUUUUUGUAGCUCCAGCGAGUUUCUAAGAUUCUGUGACCUUAUAAGCAAUAUGCAUAUUACAAACAUUGUUAAUAAAUGUUGUUUAUGGAUGUUGAGAUUUGUAAAUGUUUGAUUGUUGAAAACUGUAUAUAUAUUGAUAUGUACUGUAAUAAAGAAAAGCAAUUCUGA